AUGGGUCAGGCAUUUCGUCGAGCAUCUGGCAGAAUCCGAGUUCCCGAUCCGUCUCCCAGUCCCAAGGUGGUUGUCGAUCGCAGGCCACCGGAAAGUGCCACCGAGAAAGUGGUGGAGGUGUCAAGGAGAACUACCCAGAAACUCGACAAUCAAGAUACACUUGGCGCUGCUGAUAAUCCAAGUUUUGAUGCUGAAAAUCCCCUUGAAGAACGGGAUCCACAAUUCGAUGCAAUGCUCAAUCAAAUGGUGGGAAGAAUCCAAACGAAGCCAGGAGGGAAAUCUGAGAUGGGUGAGGCAUCUGUAGUAGAAAGGCCUAACAAGCCCCUACCAAAACUACGGAACACACCUCCCGAUGCUGCCAGUAAGUAUGAGGAAAGAGCUGUUCCCCCGGGAACCCUGAACUUGGCACAACUCCGACACAUUCUCAAACUAGAUGCAGGCAAGGGGGAAGAAGGAGACAACCUCAAGUCGCCCGUGGACGCCCACCAAAUCGCUCAACAGUUCCGCCUUGAAGUCGAACAAGUUAAGAAGUUCUUGCAGUUUGUAUCACUUCCAUCGGAGGACAGCAUGAAGAAGGACAAGGAGGUUGAAUGA